AAAACUGGAUCUGUGACGUUAAUAAUGAUCCGUUCCGGAGGUAGCGCCGUAGUAGGCCUGCUUCGCGCCCACGUAGGGUGUGCAUCACACGUGGGUCAUAUCCGCAGCCAGCUAUCUUGUUAGUGAGUGGUCCCGAGGUCUUCACGUUUCCUACUACAAUGGCUACAACUAUGCGACGAGAUGCAAAUAUGUGCGAGACAUGUGGUAUCAAGACGAGAUUCGUUGACCCCAGUGGAAUGCAACACUCGUACUGUGGUCGCACGUGUGCUCGUACUGGAGUAGGAAAGGCAACAUCCGAAUGCCUACUCAAAGGCUGCAGUAACCCAGGGACUGCGGCUUUCAAUGGCUUUUGUUCGGAGGAUCAUGCCAAGAAAGGGGGUGGGGUUUCUCCCCCGCUAGCUUCUCCCGGCCCCAAUACGCAACUACAAACUCACAACCACAACGGUGCUGGGCGUACAAAGCCUCAAGCUCCCUCAGAUAUCGUUCACUUGUCUGAAAUCAGUUCUGCGACAGUGUGGCGAGAAUUUGUGAGAGAGUGGAACAGCAAGUGGCUGUCCCAGGAAGGGUCGGCAUUGGUGGAAAAGCUGUAUGAAAUAUCUUAUCCAGCUAGAAUAUCUGAUGCCCAAGAUAAAUAUCUACAGGAUAUAAAAGCUGCUGGGCAACCCCGCGUUCUACGCACCUUCCACGCAUCUCAGUGCAUCUGCGAUAUGGGAACCAAGGGUCCCAUGCUUUGCAAGUGGAACUCGUGCGGCAUCUGCAAUGUCGUAGGUUCGGCUUUCAAAGGUGUCGCCUUCGGUGUUCCAUACAAUAUAGGGAGACAAGGAAAGGGGCUGUACUCCUCGAGAAACCCAGCUUCCGCCGAUCGACUUGCUACAUCAUGCUUGUCUUCACCUUACCGCGUCAUGAUCGCCUGCGAUGUCGUUUUACCACAACCCCUCGACAAGAGCACUUCGGUUGUCGCUGGCGACAGGGUAGUUGUUCGAGUAUCAGAAGCGAUUGUUCCCAGGUUCAUUGUGAUGUACACGAAGCAGACUUGAACCUUGCCUUCAUUAGUUUUGGACGGUCUUGAUUAUUUAUUUAUGUAUUGCAUUCUUGAUUGGCCGCAAAUCAAGCUUUCGCCGGAGCUAUUUCGAUCCCCUCGUGCUUCCGGAUGAUCCGGCAGCACGCAGUGCCUUCCCUUGAUCGAAAGAGCACAAGGAGGCAAA